AUGAGCUGGCACAAUGAUCCUUCUUACUCGCGGCAUGAGUUUUCCAGCAAGACCCCUCCACCCUUUAGCUCAUCCUUUGCCUCUAAUAUCUUCCGACGGGCCCGCCGAGCGUCUCUUACAAGGAACAGCAGAAAGUCCGUAUCCUUCGCUGAUCCCUUGGAGGCAGAGCAACCCCAAGACAAUGGUUCCGAAAAUAGUCAGGUACUAUAUAUGGCGGAUACGAAAAGACCGCAGCGACCUAAACCACAGCGUCGAUCUUUGUCGACCUUGAGUAAUAACUCGCUCGCAACACUUGGUGAAGAUUGGGACAGCGAAGUUGAUUCCGAUCUCGAUAGUGAAGGUGAACAGGUAUCUUGGGAUAUUAUCAACAGAGAAAUACACGAAUGGCAAUAUGUUUGUCGUACUGGUAGACCCUUCUGGUGGUCACCAGAGUUCAAGAGUAGCCAUAUGUCCACUCUACCUCAAGAGUACCGUGAAGAGGUAAGCACGCGCGCUUGGAUGAGAGAUAAUACGGAUGGCUCCAGACCGCGUCUCAGAAAACGAUAUCACACCAUGGAUAACAGCGAUCUUGCAAGUUCCAGUGACGUGCAGGAGCUUGCAAAAGUGAUCGCUGUUCAACUUCUCGGAUCUUGCUUCACCCUGGCACCAGAGUAUCUUGUACCUCUCCCAUCGACUCCAACAUCAUAUAACAGAAAAGGAGAUUCAAAACUACCGGAUUCUAGAAUGAUCAGUUCCUUGCGUAUGCACACACAAUUUAGAUAUUCACCCUGCUUUGGACACCAAGCACGAAGUACCUCUCCAAUACAGCCAUGGGAUUGUGGUAGAUAUGACGGAUCAUCAACGUACUCGUUAUCACCUCCAGGCACUAGUGGUAUUGUUACCCCACUUAUUGUCACGUCAGAGCCUGCCAGAAGGCGAAGUAGACUACAGAAAGCCCAUAGAGCCCUGCAUGUCACAGAGCAGUCGGCCAAUGAUUGUGACGUUGGGAGCCACAGGGACGAUUAUUUCUUUAGCGGCAAUUCCCUUUUGAAUGGGAACGCUACAACCUCAAUGAGUCAGAAGUUGAGAGACGUUCAAACGUAUGAUCGUGGCAAGACGUCGAUGUCACCACAUGUGUCAGGACAUGAUGGCCAAAGAUACAACGUAAGACGUUCAAUGACCAGAAAUAAACCCGAAGUGAUGCCACCCCCAACAGCUGAUGAUGCGAAAAUCGACACCUCGAAAACAUAUCGAGGAGUACGACCUACGCUUCCACCGAGUACCAAUUAUCGUCUACAUGCAGCCCUCAGGUCGGAGCCCCAUCCUUUAUUCGUGCAGCCGGUAAAGCAGCUCGUAGUUAAGAGGUGGAAAUCGAUCCGGCGGCAAUUUGGAGGUAGCUUACAAACUUCAUUGCCGAGAAGGGUCUCUAGAGACGUAGAAUCUGAGUCAGAAAGUGAUGCAACGAGUUCUGUACUGAGCACCGACGCAAGAACACGGAGACGCCGAGCUCAGGAGAGGGGAGACAUUCAUAGCGCCGGUGGUGAGGAUACCCCACACUAUAAUACUCCCAGAAGUGGUAAUAUGACACCCGUGACACCUAUGACGCCUAUGACACCCAUGACUCCUAUGUCACCUUUCAUGAUCCCCAGAACGCCUCCUGCGACACCUAUAGCCCCUUCGUUACCAGGGUUAAGACCGAUGUCUCCUUUCUUUCAGGGAACAGAUACUAUGGCAGCCGUCGCGUCAUUUCUAGCCGAUGCACGUGCACCAGAACAUAUCAUCACUCCACCGGAUUCAUUCAUGGACACAGGUGGCUAUAUUUCACCAAACAUGAUAAGAACUGAACACGCCGCGGGAGCGAUGUUCAUCCAAUCGAGGUCAAGCUCUCAACCAUCCCUCGAGCCAAUAGUCGGUUCAUAUCGGCGAAGACGACCGAGUAUGUUAUCAGAGAUGUGUACUCCAGAGGACUUCAAUGAUGAUGGCACCUUGAAGUGCGACCAAGAAGUACAAAACCAAGGACUUCAUCUGGUAAGAGCAAGUUCGAGUGGAACUCAGAUAUUCAGACCGAAUAGUGACGGAAUUGAACUCGACGGCAUACCAGUGGGCCCGGGAAAGGAACUUUGGGAUGGUCCGGUCGAUAAUACGGGGAAACGGAGGGAAAGGACAUAUCUGUAA